CUCGUUCGCCUGGGCCUCGCGUCGUCCGUACCUUGGGCAGGCUCUGGGCCCACGCAGGCCUCGCGGGGAAACCCAGCGUCGCUCAGGGCCCAAGAGCAGGCCCGGACCGCACCCGGCUGGGGGAUUGGGGGGAGGUCAGAGGUCGCCGGGUGUGCCCUCUGGCCGGGUUGUCGACCGCGGGCCGGCGAUCCCGGACGCCGUGUUUGCUGGUAGCGUCGAGACCCGGAGUGUCUCCUGAUUCGGGUGGCCUCUGGACACUGGGGGCCUGCGCCGCGGCGGGACGCGCUGUUGGGCUGAGUCCCUUGGAGCAGCGAGCCGGAGUGUGUCGGAGCCGACCGCGCCCGCUGCCUUGUCUGGGGACGCUGUCCCGGGCGCCGCCGACCGUGCGGGCCUUGCUAACAGGCUCCCACGGCUGAGCCACGUUCCCGUCUGUGUCUUCAGUUGAACAGCCUGACCCUUUUAAGUGGGAGAGGUUCCCUGACGGCAACUGAGUCAAGGCAGUGAGUCAGGUCACGUGCAUUGGGCUCGCCCCAAGCACUUGUAUACACAUGAGACGCUUCUGGCUCUGGGAGACAGGGAGCUUUUUGUCUUUGAAGGAUGACCUCUAGGAAGAAAGUGUUGCUGAAGGUUAUCAUCCUGGGAGAUUCUGGAGUUGGUAAGACAUCACUCAUGAACCAGUAUGUGAACAAGAAAUUCAGUAAUCAGUACAAAGCUACAAUAGGAGCAGACUUUCUGACAAAGGAGGUGAUGGUGGAUGACAGACUAGUUACAAUGCAGAUCUGGGACACAGCAGGCCAGGAACGGUUCCAGUCACUUGGUGUGGCCUUCUACAGAGGCGCAGACUGCUGCGUUCUGGUAUUUGACGUUACUGCCCCCAACACAUUCAAAACCCUCGAUAGCUGGAGAGAUGAGUUUCUCAUCCAGGCCAGUCCCCGGGAUCCUGAAAACUUCCCCUUCGUUGUGUUGGGAAACAAGAUUGACCUCGAAAACAGACAAGUGGCCACAAAGCGGGCACAGGCCUGGUGCUACAGCAAAAACAACAUUCCCUACUUCGAGACCAGUGCCAAGGAGGCCAUCAAUGUGGAGCAGGCGUUCCAGACAAUUGCGCGGAAUGCACUUAAACAGCAGCAAAUGGCCGGCACCGUGUGGGGCCCUGCUGCCGUGCAGCCAGUCGUCGGGCCCCCCUGCUGCACACCGCCAGCCCGUGGCACUGGCCUGGGCGCCCGCCGCUUCCCGUGAGCCUUCUGUGAACCGGAAUUAACUUGACCGGAAACAGAGGUGGAGCUGUACAAUGAAUUCCCCGAACCCAUCAAACUGGACAAGAACGACCGGGCCAAGCCCUCAGGGGAAAGCUGCAGUUGCUGAAGGGGCAGUGAGAGCAGAGCACAGAGUCCUUCACAAACAAAGAACACACUUAGGCCUUCCGACACAAGCCCCCUCUCCUCUUCCAAACAAAACAUAAAGUCAUCUAUCGAAUCCAGCUGCCAAAAGAAACCCCAUCAAACACACUCACCCUUACACACACACACACACACACAGCCCUGAUACAAGCAGACAGACUCCAGCCCAGGCCUGUGAUGACUCCCUCGGGGUCUGCCCACCCACCACAUCAGCCCUUGUACGGCAGCACAACAGGCAAGCUGUAGAAAUCGUUCUGGUGUGGAGUCAGCAUCGGAAGCUUAUUCUUUUUGUCACUGGGGAGAGAGAACUGUUUACAGUUAAUCUGUGUCUAAUUAGUUAUCUGAUUUUUUUAACGGUCUUGUGGUCUUUUUACCCCCUACCCCCGCCCCUCCCUCCUGUGAAGGCUACCACUUGGGAAGGCUGGUGCCCCAUGCUUCAUUACAGGCUCACACCCAGUCUGAUCAGGCUGAGUUUUGUAUGUAUCUGUUAAUGCUUGUUACUUUUAACUAAUCAGAUCUUUUUACAGUAUCCAUUUAUUAUGUAAUGCUUCUUAGAAAAGAAUCUUAUAGUACAUGUUAAUAUAUGCAACCAAUUAAAAAUGUAUAAAUUAGUGUAAGAAAUUCUUGGAUUAUGUGUUUAAGUCCUGUAAUGCAGGCGUGUAAGAUGGAGGGUUGAACCCUGUCUGGAUUGCAGAGUGUUAGCAACUCAGAAUGCAGAAGUCCAGCUAGAGGCAGUAUUCUGUACAGGAGACACAAGAAUUAUGUACGCCUUUUAUCAAAGACUUACGAGCCAAAAAGCUUUUCAUCUCUCCAGGGGGAACACUGUCUAGUUCCCUUCUGUGUCUACAUUUUCCAAAAGGUUGAUUUGCAUAAUACAGUGGUGUGUGCAAUGGAUAAAUGGCUGUUGUUUCAGAAAUUAAAAUUCUCAUUUUUCCUCCCCCCCUUACCCCCCCCCUUCUGCUCCACACUUCAAAACUCCCCUAUUAGGUCAGCAUCCUACUGAUUAAGAGGAAAAGGAAAAUCCUAACAGAUCUGUCCUAGUGAUUUUACCUUUGUUCUAGAAGGCACUCCUUUCAGGGUUGUGGUAUCCUUAGGUUAGCAAACCUUUUUCUCCUUUUCCCCACCAACUCCCAGUAUUGCCCACUAUUCAUUAACCUGUUUCUUUGGUAUGGAACCCUGGCAGUUCUGCCCCCUCCCUAGGAUCUGCCCCUGCAUUGUAGCUUGCUUAACGGAGCACUUCCUCUUUUUCCAAAGGUCUACAUUCUAGGGUGUGGGCCAAGUUCUUCUGUAAAGAGAUGAACGUGAUGCCAAUAAAAUGUAACAAGAACAAAGAUCAUCUGCCUUUGCCCUGUCUUUUUUCCUUCUUCUAGACCCUUGGCUCAGUAGAGACCAUGUUAGCUAAUCAUAGCCGAUGCUUUAUCAAGCCAAAGAGCCCUUCAUAACUGGGCACAUGUGGUGCCUUUGAGGCAGAAAGGCCUUGUCACGUCUGGCCCUAUAGUGCCUGUCCCUAGUUUUUGGUUUUGGUGUUUUUAAUCACAGUGAUGGGGUGUGGGGACUCUGAAUAGAGAAAACAUUGUCCCUGUGGAGGAGCAACUACAGACUGUGCCUGUGGACCGUGCACAGCCUGUCGGGUAUGAGCGUAAUUAGCCUUUGUGCUCUUUUCUGUUUUGUAGUUGGCGUAGUUGCUAAUACUUAGGUAUCAUAUUUCUGGAUUUCUGAUUUUUCACAGGAGAGGAAGAUGUGGCAGCAGGGGGCCCUGUAUUCUAAUAUUAUAGGUCACCAGCUGGAAUUGAAUAUAUGCCACCUAGAACCAAAUUUAUAAGUAGUGUUUCAAUCAGGGUUGGUGUAGGUUUUGCUUCUAGAAAUGCCCCCAUUGACUAAGCUCUUGGAUUCUCUUUCACCACACUUUUCUACAUUUCCACUUCUCAGGUUCCUCAGUUGGUUCCUUUCCCCGUGCCUACUCUUGGCUCAGUUUGUUUGUUACAAAUAGUAUUUUCAGAAGCUCACAACUGGGGCACCUGGGUGGCUCAGUCGGUUAAAUGUCCAACUCUUGGUUUUGGUUCAGGUCACGAUCUCAUGGGUCGUGAGAUCGAGCCCCGCAUCAGGCUGUACGCUCGGCAGGAGUCAGCUUGGAUAUUCUCUCCCUCUGCCCCUUCCUCCGCUCUCUUUCUCAAAUAAAUAAACCUUUUAAGAAAAAAAAAAAAAUAGAAGCUCACAAUUACAACUCCACCAUGGCUAGUGCCUCAUGGCCUAGAUCUUCUCUGGUUUAUGGAUCUGUGUGAUGCUCACUUCUACAAACCAGGCUCCUAUUCCUCGAUCAUACUCGCUGGUCCUAACCUUAAAUGUGACAUGGAAAUGGACCUUGACCUCUGAUCACAACCAUCAGUCUAAAACUGAUAACCAUCCUGACGUUGACUUCUUUCAUUUUGAGAUGACCACUUAUAGUAAGAGGUAAUGGCUGAAAGGCACCUGGCUGGUUCAGUCAGUUGAGUGUCCAACUCUUGGUUUUGGCUCGGGUCAUGAUCUCUGGUUCCUGGGAUUGAGCCCCACUUCCUGCUCCCUGCUCAGCAAGAGGCCUGCUUCUCCCUCUCCCUCUGCUGCUCCCCCCCCCAACUGCUUGUACGCUCUUACUCUUGCUCUCUUCCAAAUAAAUAAAUCUUAAAAAGGUGAAUUGAGAUGAACAUGUGUUGCUGUGUUUCCAUUCAUCUCAGUUUGCUCAAACAAGAAUUUUGAGAAGAAUGGAAAUGAAUUUGUUGCACUAAUAUAAAUUUGUUUUAAUAGUAUGCCUUAGGGACACCUGGGUGGCUCAGUCAGUUAAGCAGCUGCCUUUGGCUCAGGUCAUGAUCCCGGGGUCCUGGGAUUGAGCCUCACAUCGGGCUCCCUGCUCACUGGGGAGUCUGUUUCUCCCUCUGCCUGCCGCUCCCCCUGCUUGUGCUCUCUCUCUGACAAAUAAAUAAAAUCUUUUAAAUAAAUAAAUAAAUAGUAUGCCUUAGUUUGAUCCAAAUUCACUGUCUCACAGUAUGAAUGUGUAUUGCAGUGCUUACUUGCAGUUUACUCCAACAAUCUAUAAGGAGUCUGGGGCUGUUUGUUGCAUUAAUAGGAAUUCUUCUAUUUUUUCUUUUUUUUAAAAGAUUUUAUUUAUUCAUUUGAGAGAGAGACAGAACACAAGCAGAGGGAGAGGAAGAAGCAGACUCCCUGCUGAGCUGAGAGCCGGACGUGGAGCUUUAUCCCAGGACCCUGGGAUCAUGACCUGAGCUGAAGGCAAACGCUUAACCGACUGAGCCACCCAGAUUUCAUGUAAUCUCUACACCCAUCGUGGGGCUCAAACUCACAACCUGGAGAUCGAGUCAUGUGCUCCACCUACUGAGCCAGGCAGGUGCCCCCAAGAUAGCCUUUUUUUUUUUUUUUAAUAAAGAUUUAUUUAUUUAUGAGAGAGAGCAAGCACAGAGGGAGAGGGAGAAGCAGACUCCCUGCUGAGCAGAGAGCCCAAUGUGGGGACUCAAUCCCAGGACCCUGGGAUCAUGACCUGAGCCAAAGGCAGACACUUAACCAACUGAGCCACCCAGGUACCCCAAGGUAGUUUUUUAAAACCUCUCCAGGUGACUUUUUUUUCUUUUUUCAAAGAUCUUAUUUAUUUGAGAAAGACAGCACAAGCUGGGGGGAGGGGCAGCGGGUGAGGGAGAAGCAGACUCACGGCUGAGCAGGGAGCCCGAUGUGUGGGGCUCUAUCCCAGGACCCUGGGUUCAUGACCUGAGCCAAAGGCAGACGCUUAGCCAACGGAGCCACCCAGGUGCCCUUUCCAGGUGAUUCUAAUGUGCAGCCAGAGUUGAAGUGGUGAAAAAUACUACCGUAAGUAUUUUUUGAGUUAAAAUUACAUGUACGGCCCAUUGCUGGUUCCUAAGAGACAGAAGAGGAUUUAGGCUUAAAAAAAAAGAUCUCAGAUGUGUGUUCUAGCUGUACGCCCCCACACACACUAAGUUGCAGUCCUGCCCAUUAAUUUUUGACCCCACUUUCCCUACACACAUCCAACCAAUAUUUUUAAACUGGAAGAUACCACACAAUAUCCAGUUUUCUAGCUGCUCUUAAAAACUUGGAAAGGGGGGCGCCUGGGUGGCUCAGUCGUUAAGCGUCUGCCUUCGGCUCCGGUCAUGAUCCCAGGGUCCUGGGAUCGAGCCCCGCAUCGGGCUCCCUGCUCAGCGGGAAGCCUGCUUCUCCCUCUCCCACUCCCCCUGCUUGUGUUCCCUCUCUCGCUGUGUAUCUCUCUGUCAAAAAAUAAAAUCUUAAAAAAAAAAAACUUGGAAAGGGGCACCUGGCUAGCUCAGUUGGUAGAGCAUCCAACUCUUGAUCUUGGGGUCAUGUUGUGAGUUCAGACCCCAUGUUGGGUGUGUAUAGAUUACUUUAAAAAAAGAAGAAGAAUUUGUUGAGGGCAUCUGCAAAGCCAGCACACUAAAAUUAACACACUAAAAAUAAAAUUUAAAAACUAUUGGAAGAAAAUGCAACGCUGUAAUCUCAUUCCUGAGUACCUCAUAAUGAUCAUUAAUUGAGGACCCACCUCACUUAAAACUUGCCUACCUUGCUCAUAGGUCAUAAAGUGCCUUGUGCAAGUGCUGGCCAAGAAUUCUGAGUGGACUACACCUGCUUCGGGAGAUCUGGCUUAUGGCUUGGUGAGGCACUGGCCGGACUGCUCUGCCCAUCCCUCUCUGACUGCCAGCCCUCCAUACCCUUCGUUUCCUGGCCAGUUGGGAGAUGCCAGAUGUCUGGAAGAUAACCUGAGUGCUGGCAUGGCGCACCCUGUGCCUCCCUCUUUACUUCGAGGAGAGGAGCACUAUGCUUUCACAUUCCCUUUCCUGGCUCUUCAGUUGGCAGAAGUCCCGCCUCCAUUCAGCCUGCGAGGCUGAAGAUGCCCUCUUUUGCGGGGGUACAUGGAAUUUUGCUGGAAUUACACGAAGGGAGCCAGUGCUGGAAUUUUGUUAGCCACUUGAGCUUUAGUCUAGUUCAUGAGUGAAUUAUUACUCCCUUCUUUAGGCCAGGGAGGGGAAAGGGUAAAGGCAUAAUACAUUUCGAGCUUUAAGGAAGGAAAAAGCCACCUGGGAGGGCCUAUUGAACUGAAGUGGUGAAUUCGAUAGUUGGGUUUGCAUCUGUAUCUGUUGCUUUCUAGCGUGGCUGUCAGUUCAGAAAAAGUACCCUGGCUCUCUCUGGUCUUUUUCCCCCCCACCCACCCCCGCCAAAAAGGACUGUUUGGGGAUUGUUUUGUCUAGGAGUUGUGGAAGGGCCAGGAAACUUGUCUUUUCAAUUCCUUGCCAUCGGAUAGGAUCCUCCAACUCUGACUUUAAUUCAGGUUAUCCUGAAGAGCACCAAAAUGCAAUUAGGUCAUUGAUUCUGUGACUGCUAGAAAAAUGCUGAAGCCUUUUAAAAGGAUUAUACACCAUGGCCAAGUGGGGUUUAUUCCUAGAAUGCAAGGAUGCUUCAACAUGAAAAUCUAUCAAUAUAAUCCAUAUUUAUAGAAUGGAGGGAAAAUGGAGGCGCCUGGGUGGCUUAAUUGGUUAAGUGUCUGCCUUCAGCUCAGGUCAUGAUCCCAGGGUCCUGGGAUCGAGUCCCACAUUGGGCUUCUUGCUCAGUGGGGAGCCUGCUUCUCCCUCUGCCUGCUGCUCCCCCUGCUUGUGCUCACUCACUCACUCUGACAAAUAAAUAAAAUCUUACAAUCAAGGGACAAAAACAUGAUCCCAUCAAUUAAUGUAGAAGAAGCAUUUGAAAAAUAUUCAACAAUUUAAAUAUGGAGAAAAUAUUUAUACAUCAUCUAUCAUCUAUCUAUCUAUAUAUAUAUAUAAAGAACUUUAACUCGGGGCGCCUGGGUGGCUCAGUUGGUUGAGGGUCUGCCUUCGGCUCAGGUCAUGAUCCCAGGGUCUUGAGAUCGAGCCCCACAUCGGGCUCCCUGCUCGGCGGGAAGCCUGCUUCUCCCUCUCCCACUCCCCCUGCUUGUGCUCUCUCUCUCUCGCUGUCUCUCUCUCUGUCAAAUAAAUAAAAUCUUUAAAAAAAAUAAAGAACUUUAACUCAAUAGCAAAAAGAAAAAAAAAAAUGGUCAGAGGAGCUGAAUAGACAUUUUUCCAAAGAUAGAUGGCUAAUGGAUAUGUGAAAGGGUGCUCAACAUCACUUAUCAUCAAGGAAAUGCAAAUCAAAACCACAAUGAGCUAUCACCCGUCAGAAUGGCUAAAAUCAAAGAGCUGAGAAAUAACAAGUGUUGGUGAGGAUGUGGAGAAAAAGGAACCCUUGUGCAGCCCUAGGGAAAACAGUGUGGACGUUCCUCAAAAAAUUAAAAACAGAACUACCAUAUGAUCCAGCAAUCCCACUUCUGGGUAUUUAUCCAAAGGAAAUGAAAAUACAAGGUCAAAAGACAUAUUCACCCCAACGUUCACUGCAGCAUUAUUUAUGAUAGGAUAGUCAGGACUUGGAAGCAACCUACGUGUCCCAUCGAUGGAUGGAUAGGAUGGGUGUGUGUGUGUGUGUGUACACAGCCAUAAAAGGGAAAUUUUGCCAUUUUGUGACAACAUAGCUAGACCUUGAAGGCAUUGUGCUAAGUGUAAGUCAGACAAAGACAUAAUACCAUAUGAUCUCACCUAUAUCUGGAAUCUAAAAAACAAAAAACCAAACUCAUAUACAGAGAACAGAUUGGUGGUUGCCAGAGGCAGGGGGUGGGAAUUGGGUGCAAUGAGUGAAGGUGGUCAGAAGGUACAUAUUUCCAGUUAUAAAGAAGCCCAUGAUGUAAUAAUUGAUGUGCAGCAUGAUGACUAUAGUUAAUAAUACUAUAGUAUAGUAUUAUAUAUAUAUAAAAUUUAUAUAUAACACCUAGGACCCUGGCAGAUGCUUAGAUGACUGAGCCACACAGGGGUCCCCAGUUGCAUUUCUAUACACUAACAACAAUUCAAAAAGUAAAUUUAAGAAAAUAAUUCUGGGGCACCUGGGUGGCUCAGUUGGCUAAGCAUCUGCCUUCAACUCAGGUCAUGAUCCCAGGGUCCUGGGAUCGAGCCCCACAUCAGGCUCCCUGCUCAGCGGGGAGUCUGCUUCUCCCUCUCCCACUCCCCGUUUGUAUUCCCUCUCUUGCUGUGUCUCUCUGUCAAAUAAAUAAAAUCUUUAAAAAAAAUAAUUCCAUUUACAAUAGUAUCAGUAAGAAUAAAAAUAUUAAAAAUAAACAACCUGGUAGAUGUAAGACUUACACACUGAAAAGUACAGAACGUUGCUGAUAGAAAUUAAAGACCUAAAUAAAUGGAAAGACAUCCCAUCUUCAUGGAUUGGAAGGCUUAAUAUUAAGGUAACAGUGCGGGCGCCUGGGUGGCUCAGUUGGCUAAGCGACUGCCUUCGGCUCAGGUCAUGAUCCUGGAGUCACAGGAUCGAGUCCCACAUCGAGCUCCCUGCUCGGCAGGGAGUCUGCUUCUCCCUCUGACCCUCCCCCCUCUCAUGCUCUCUCCCUCAUUCUCUCUCUCAAAUAAAUAAAAUCUUAAAAAAAAAAAAAUUUAAGGUAACAGUGCUACCCAAAAUUAUACAGAUUCAAUGCAGUCUUUUUUUUUUUUAAGACUAUUUAUUUGACAGAGAGUAAAAGAGCACAAGCCGGGGGAGAGACAGCAGGAGAGGGAGAGAAGCAGGCUUCCUGUGGAGCAGGGAGCCUGAUGCAGGGCUCAACCCCAGGACCCUGGGAUCAUGACCUGAGCUGAAGGCAGACGUUUAACUGACUGAGCCACCCAGGCGCCCCUCAAUGCAGUCUUUAUCAAAAUCUUGGGAUAGUCGCUCUCUCUGUGAAAGAAAUAAAAUCUUUUUAAAAAAAAUCUCACGGUGUUUUCUGCAGGAAUAGAAAAACCCAUUAGGGCGCCUGGGUGGCUCAGUCGGUUUAGCAUCUGACUCUUGAUUUUGGCUCAGGUCAUGAUCUCAGGAUGGUGAGAUCCAGCCCAUGUCAGGCUCCACUCUGGGCGCCGGAGCCUGCUUAAAAUUCUCUCUCUCCUUCUCCCUCUGCCCCUCCCCCCACCUCUCUAAAAAAAAGGCAAAAACACUAGUGUAGGCAGUCUCUCCUUUGCUGUCCUACCUGCUGCUCCUUUGCAGGAUGUUCAAUAAAUUUGUCUCCUUAAAAAAAAAAAAAAACUGUAAUCAAAACAUGUAGUACUAGCACAGGAACAGACAUAUAGACCAAUGGAAGAGAAUAGAGAGCCCAGAAAUGAACCUUUAUUCGGGCGCCUGGCUGGCUCAGUCAGUAAAGCAUGCAACUCUUCAUUUCAGGGUUGUGAGUUCAAGCCCCAUGUUGGGCUUUGAAAAAAAAGAGAACUCUUAACAUAUACAGUUAAUUUUCAACAAUGGUGCCAAGACCAUUGAGUGGGGAAAGGACAGUCUUUUCAAUAAAUCAUGCUGGGAAAACUGGAUAGCCACAUGCAAAAGAAAGAAGUUGGGCCCUUACCUAACACUAUAGACACAACUCAAAAUGGAGCAAAGAAUGAUAGCUAAAACCGUAAAUCUCUUAGAGGAAAACGUAGAGGGGCACCUGGGUGGCUCAGUCAGUUGGGCGUCUGCCUUCAGCUCAGGUCAUGAUCUUGUGGUCCUGAGAUUGAGCCCCGAGUCAGGCUCCCUCCUCGGAGGGGGGAGUCUGCUUCUCCCUCUGCCCUUCCCCUGCUUGUGCACUCUCUCUCCCUCUGUCAAAUAAAUACAUAAAAUUUAAAAAAAGAAGAAAACGGGGGGACACUUCAUGGCAGUGACUUUGGCAAUGAUUUCUUGGAUAGGACCACUAAGGCACAGACAACAACAAAAUAGAUAAGUUGGACUUCAUUAAAAACUUUAGUAAAUCAUAUAUCUGAUAAGGGAUUAAUAGAGUAUAUAAAGAAAUCCUACAACUUAAUAUCAAAACAAUGCAAUUAAAAAAUGUUCAAAGGACUUGAAUAGACAUUUCUCCAAAGAUAAACAGGUGGCCAAUAAGCACAUGAAAGAGAUGUUCAAUGUCAUUAGUCACUGGGGAAAUGCAAAUCCAAAGCACCCAACAUCCAUUAGUGUGGCUGUUACACAAAAUAAAAAGUGUUUGCAAUGAUGUGGAGAAGCUGGAACCCUUGUGCAUGCUGGAGGGAAUGUAAAAUGGUGCAGCUGCUGUGGAAAAUAGCCAUUCUUCAAAGAGUUGACAUAGGGGCGCCUGGGUGGCUCAGUCAUUAAGCAUCUGCUUUCGGCUCAGGCCAUGAUCCAGGGGUCCUGGGAUCGAGUCCUGCAUCGGGCUCCCUGCUCAGUGGGGAGCCUGCUUCUCCCUCUCCCACUCCCCCUGCUUGUGUUCCCCUCGCUGUGUCUCUCUCUGUCAAAUAAAUAAAACUUUAAAAAAAAUAUAAAAAUAAAUUUAAAAAAAACAAAGAGUUAACAUAGCUACAAAAAACAAACAAACAAACACAUAGCUACAAGUUAAAUGUAGAAUUACCAUGUGACCCAGCAAUUCCACUCCUGGUACAGACCCCAAAUAAUUGAAAGCUAGGACUCUGAGAGAUACACAUACAUCAUAUUCCUAGCAGCAUUAUCCACAAGAGCCAAAGGCUGGUAACAAUUCAAGUGCCCACCAGCAGAUGAAUGGAUAAACAAAAUGUGAUAAUUUACUCCUUUAAUGGCUGAAUAGUAUUCCAUGCAAUAUAUAAUGGAAUACUACUCAGCCAUUAAAAGGAAUAAAAUUCUGAAUCAUGCUAUGACAUGGAUGCACCUUGAAGACAUACUAAAUAAAAUAAGCCUGACAUAGAGGGUAUGUAAUGUGGGAUUCCACUUAUAUCAAGUGCCUAGAAUAGGAAAAAUCUAAGAAACUGAGAAUAGAAGCUGGGGACAGGGGGAUUUCAGGGCAGGUGAGCUUCGGCUGUGAAAGAGUUCUGCCCAGAACCGAAGCCCCUCGUGUUUGUUUCAGACCACAAUUCUUGUUUAAUUAGUGGAAACCCCCAGCCCUUGCUUAUGUCCCAAGGUCCAUAUGGGAACUGUUCGGGACAGUUUAUAGUUCUUAAUUUAUGUGGAGCCCGCAGUCUGAAGUCCCCAUUUGUUGAGGUCUGCUGGUUCAGUCCUUUCUCCAGUGCAAGUUUCCAUGGUGGGAACAGGUGGCGGUACACACAGGGGGCUUCUCUUGGCCUGCAAGCCAUAAUAUCUCUUGGUUACUGUUGACAUAUUAAUGUGCAUGUUUGUGUUGUUUCAUGUAGAUAAAGACUGUUGCUAAGGGGAAUCUCAGAAGCAGCCACAAAAUUGGUGGGCACAGGUUGAGCAAAAGUUGUUGGAAUGGGGCGCCUGGGUGGCUCAGUCGUUGGGCAUCUGCUUUCGGCUCAGGUCAUGAUCCCAGCGUCCUGGGAUUGAGCCUCACGUUGGGCUCCUUGCUCAGAGGGUAGCCUGCUUCUUUCUCCCUCUCCUGCUCCCCCUGCUUGUGUUCCCUCUCUCGCUGUCUGUCAAAUAAAUGGAUAAAAUCUUUAGAAAAAAUAAAAAAAAUAAAAGUUGUUGGAAUGCUCACCACCUAACCCAAGGAUUCCCAUGUUAGGACAAAUUGGUCAUGGAAUGGAAUAGAUGGACACUGGGUCUCCUGCCAACCUCAAGAAAAUUUCUGUGCAACAGGUACACUGUAAAACACCACACAAUCUCCAAACCCAUGGCACAUCCCUCAGGCUCUAAGGACCCAAAAAGGCUUAGCUAAAAGAAAGAAUCUUUUAAAUUUAAACAGGUAAGUGUGACAUCUUCCACUGCCAGAAUCUAUAGAUAUUUCCAAACAUGAUGAAAUCUUACUAAAAGCAACCUAGAAUUACAAUGGUGUCUAUGAGAAACAUUCCUAUUAGUCAAGAUUAUUUAAAAGCAAGGGCUCCUGGGGCGCCUGGGUGGCUCAGUUGGUUAAGCAUCUGACCCUUGAUUUCGGCUGGAGUCAUGAUCAUGGGGUCAUGAGAUGGAGCCCCACAUCAGGCUCCACACUGUGCCCCCAACCCCAUCCCCACUUGCAUGCUCAAGCUGUCGAAAGAAAGAAAGAGAGAAUGAGAGAGGGAGGGAGGAAGAAACAAAGAAAGAAGGAGCACCUGGGUGGCUCAGUCGGUUAAACAUCUGCCUUCAGCUCAGGUCAUGAUCCCAGGAUCCUGGGAUCGAGUACCACAUUGGGCUCCCUGCUCAGUGGGGAGCCUGCUUCUCCCUCUACCCCUCCCCCCUGCUCAUGAUGUCUCUCUCACACUCUCUCAUAUAAAUAAAUAAAAUCUUUUAAAAAAAAGAAAGAAAGAAGGAAAGAAAGAAGUUGGGAGCAGAGGGAAUGGAGAGUUAAUAUUUAGUUGGUACAGUUUCUAUUUGGGAUGAUGGAAAUACUCUGGAAAUAGUGAUGACGGUUGCACAACAUUGUGAAUAUACUUAAUGCACUGAACUGUACACUAAAAAUGAUUAAAAUGGUAAAUUUUAUGUUACGUACAUUUUAUUUAAAAAAGGACACCCUUAAUGUAAAAUGGUCAAAGGCAGUUAGUACCUAAAUUUAGUCCACGAACCUGAAAAUAGGGCUUAGCCUCACAGAAACCCCAGGUCUCCCCGCAACUGCCCCACCUCUUUGGUAUCAGCCCUCCCUCCCAGCUGCAGCGGAGGCUGGCUGUGAGUACUCAAAAUCACACAGCACGCAAGACCAAGGGAUAUAAACUCAGCUCUCAGGCCAGGUUGAGAGCUACUGAGUUCUGAGUUCUGUAGCCUUCUGUCUGCAGCUCCCUUAUAUGAAUGGAGGGUGAGCUUUUUGCAGUGUUGGGGAGGAGUGAGGAAUGAUUUCUUUGGCUAAAAUGCUGUAAGAGAGCCUGUGGGCCACCCCUGCCAGCUUUGCUGGAAGGAGGUAUGAGCUGAAGGGAAAAGAGAAUGCCUUUUGGGCACCCCUCCCUCCCUUGUGAAAUGGUCCAGGGAAGUGUGAUAUGCCCCCUCCCAGGCUUCCCUUUUAUCCCAGCUUCAGAUUGCUCUGCAUUCUGGAAGCCGGGAUGCCCAGAAGCUUGCCCCUUUGACCACUGGGAGCCCCUGGAGCUCAUCUCCUUAGGUUGGGCUGCAGAGCUUGAGCUGCUAAGACAGUAUUUACACAUGACCUGAAACAGUCAUUCUCCCCCUCCGUGAUGCUUAGACUUGUCUGGAGAGCUAGAACUUUAAAACAUCCUCAUGCCAGGGCCCUACCUUCAGCGCUUUGGAUUCAAUUGGUCUGAGAGAAGGCACUGGUAUUUUUAAAAAAGCGUACAGGAGAACCACACGUCCAGAUGGUGAUUAAUCAGCAGAGGCUUUUGGCUUAAGGCCCCAUACAGAACUAGGAAAGGAGCUGGGAGUCACUAUAUUCUAGCAUCCCUGGCCCUGUAAGAUGACAGGUUGGCAAGAGACUAGUAUUAGUGGGCACGGAGGUUUAUUUCUAUUCCUGCUUUGUGCGUUUCUGUGUAGGAAAAGGAAAACCCCUUUUCCUUUCUUAAUCAAGGCCUGAAGCCCGCAGAACUGCUCUUCACAUGCCUUUAUUAUAUGCACAUGUAUAUGGUCACAGAGGAAACGGUGAAUAUCCCAGCCCUUCGGGAUGCCUCACCUGGAUAGGAAAGAGGCACAGACUCACCAGAACAAUGUGGUCCCUGAUCACUGGUGUGCCUGAGUAGGGUACUGGGUUACCGACAAAGGCAGGUUGUUGAUUAACACAUAAGCCAGCCAGAAAGGGGCCCAAGAAUUGGUUGCAGCUUUUUUGAGCUUCGUUUGGGCACCUCAAGGCUGGGUGUGAGCCAGGUACUGAGACGUGCAGAGUGUGGUGUUCUACAUGUGAUUAUGUCUCCAGUGGUUUUAUGAUCAGGCAAGUCUAAGAAGCACUGGUCCCCGGUGUUCAUUGUAACCACUGGGGCUGGCAGCGUGGGUUCCAAACAUGGAGAGGCCCGCAGGUUCUUGUUGCACAGGCCUUGAGGCAGCAUCAGGAAUAGUGCUUCAUCCUGUGGUCAGUGGGGAUCAGUUAAAAGGUCAUUCUGGAGGCUAGCUCUGCUAGCUGGCGCUACAUUAAGUCAGGUGUGCACCAGCUUUCAGUUCACCAUGUCACCCUAGAAGUCACCUUUCAGGUCAGCCUGCCCCAGUAUGUAUAUUUUUAACCCAUGGGUUCCUCUGCGGGGACUCUAGGUAGCUAAAAAUCUGUUCUGGGGGUGUUCCAAGACCAGCAGUUGGUCUCUUGGGCAGGCUUAGAUGUGGCCUAGCCUGAGUGGGAGAGACCACAGGUGGGUGCUGGAAUAUUCUUUCAGCCUCCCAGUUCAAGAUCCAAGACAGUGUCAGCUUUGCAGAGCUUCUGUGAUAGUUUAAGAGCUUCUGUGAUAGUUUAAGAUUUGUUGCGGAUUGGCAGUCCCCAAAGCAAUGUCUUUCCCGGGGCUUUCUUGGGGAGAGCGGAGGGGAGAUAGGCCCUUUACACAACACCCUCUCAGAACCUCCUUCACUGCAGCCCCGUGGGGGGCAAAUUAUCCGGGGUGAUCUGUGCCCAGGGCACAAACCCCUGGAGUCUGGCUUCGGCUCCACCCCAGGGAAACAUUAGCAACGUUUCAGGAGAACCGUGCUGCAGCAAAGUUCUAAUGCAGGUCCUGGAUUACUAGUAACAAUACCCAAGGGUCUAAACUCUCUAGGCUUUGGUUAAUUCCUUUCCCAAACCUGCCGAUCCUCAUCGAUCAUAAGAAUCGCCCUGGUAAAGGAGAGAUUCCCGGGAGCCUGGGUGGCUCAGUCGGUUAAGCGACUGCCUUCGGCUCAGGUCAUGAUCCUGGAGUCCCGGGAUCGAGUCCCGCAUCGGGCUCCCUGCUCGGCAGGGAGUCUGCUUCUCCCUCUGACCCUCUUCCCUCUCAUGCUCUCUCUCAAAUAAAUAAAAUCUUUAAAAAAAAAAAAAAAAAAAAAA